AUGGCCGGUCGCGAAUUGAAGGCGCUGUUGAACAGUGGCGAGCAGGGCGCUACUUACACUGCUACGAUCUCGAUCGCGGGCGCCACUGUGGAGCUCCCCCCCGAGCAGAGAAAGUGCUUCUCCGAUGAUAAGCAUCCUUUCACCGCGACCUCCUUCGACUUUCUCGCAUGCGUGGUAGUUCGGAAGUGCGUGUCCCCGUCGCUCCAGGAGGCAAUUAAGGUGGUGCCCUCCAAUGUUGUCGCGGACAUCGUCGCUGGUCGAGAGGCCGCGCACGUGGCGUUUGACGGUUUGGUUGGAUGUAAGCUGGUCGCGUUCUGCCUCUGGUCCGAGGAAGUGAGUGACAAGAAGGCCUCCAACGCGGGCAUGUUGCUGCUAUUGCGACCGGACCACCUGGGGCUUGACGCGACCUCACCCUGGAAAACCCGCUUUGUCCGCGUCUGUCACCCCACUGCUGCGGCUGAGCAUCUUGCCGCGGUGGACCAUAUUGUCAAGUACCCCCCUUGCGGUCCACUCGCAUGUGGGUUCGCGUUCGACAGAGUUCUCAACGACCUCGACGCGGUUGUUGGACACGACCCUGCUCCUCGCAUCGCCAAGCCAAUUGCCAGGACGCUGAACACAUUGCGGCAGGAUGCGAAACGCGCCGCCGAAGAGCUCGCGUUCAGAUCCCGGUGCGGCAUCGCGGACGGUCAUGGGGGGGAUGCUCACGGCAAUGACCGUGAGAGGUCGCACGAACACCCCGCGGGAUCCCGCGUGUCCGGACGCGAUAACAUCGCUCUCAACACAGCUCUUGCACUCGCGAACACAGGGGAGGGGGACCAGGGGAAACCGGACAACAAGGAAGAGGGCUCGAGCUCUGACCGCGACGAGGACGCCCCUGUUAACGCGCCGCAGGGCGGAGAUGACAACAAUGAAGAGGAGGCAGACGAGGCAGAGGGUCAGGGUCGCGGUCAAGACGAGGCAGACGAGGCAGAGGGUCAGGGUCGCGGUCAAGACGAAGAGGAUGCCGCGGAGGAUCACCAGCGCGGUGAUCUGGAGCUGGUGGGUUCGGAAGAAAUGGAGGAGGAAGAGGACAACGAAGAUGAUGAGGAAGAGGAGGAGGAGGUGGCGGAAAUCGCAGCCAACAAUGCCGGGCGGUCGGCGGUCGCGGUCGCGGUUGCAGGGAAGAGUAUUUGCGGUCUUCAGGCUGUGCUGUCCCCCCGGCAUGGCAGCGCGACCCCGUCGGGCGAGUUUGCGGGCAAGAGUCCGGUCUUGGGCAAGCGGAAACACUCGGAGCUGGUGAAGAUGGCUCCUGAGAAGCUGGCCGCGGAGAUCCUCCGUUUGAACGAGCAGCUGAAAAAUCAGACGCGCAAGCUGGAUGAGGUCGCGUCCGCGGUGUCCGGUGCUGAAUUCGCGGUGGUGAUCACGCAGAAGUACGAAGAACUCGAGGCCACGGUGGAGAAGGUGCUAACCCACGUGCAGAACACAGACCGGGUGAUACGCAGGGAAGCCAAGCUGGCCGCGAAGGACAGGGCGGAGAAUCGCGACAUGCGGGAGGUGCUGAAACGCGCUGCGGUCCGGUUGGAAGAUUGCGCGGGGAGCAUGAAGGGGGUGGUUGUGGACUCCAUGGAGAACGCCCAGAAGAAGCUCACGGACGAGGUCGCACGGAAGAUAGACGGCGCGUCAUCCAACAUCGCGAGUACCGCCGAGAAAGCGAUCACAACUAGUGGCGUCACGAACUCCCUCAACAUCAUCAUCGCGAUGCUUUCCAGGCGUGCAGCACCGCAACAAGUCCCCGAUGGACCGCGUGGGAAGGAGGUCGCGGAGAAGGAGGCAGGGAAGAUGGCCGCGGAGAAGGAGGCCGGGAAGAAGGCCACGGACAAGGAGACAGUGAAGAGGGUCGCGGACAAGGAGACAGGGAAGAGGGUCGCGGACAAGGAGGCAGGUAAGUGUGAGAGCAGCAGGGGUGGGAAGCGGCAGAAAGGGGUCGCGAUCUAUAGCGUCACCGACCUUCUGAAGUCCAAGGGUGGCGCGGUCGUCGAACGUGCUGCGGGGACCAACAGGGGGGCUGCUGCUGCUGCUGGACCACCGCCCGCGACCUCGGGGGUGGAAGCUGGUAAAGGCAAGGCCAAGGUCGAGGACGCCCCGCCAAACACCACCUCCACCACCACCGCCAUCACCAACGCGAUUGUGCCCGCGUCAGGCAACACCGCCGCGGUCGCGCCAGGACAGCCUGGACCCAGCUCUAUCGCCCCUGCCAUCCCCCCCUCUGCAGAUGUGAAGGCGAAGAAUCAGGGCCGCAGUGGUUGUAAGCCUCCUGCAGCCGCGUUGAAGUGUGAACGCGACGACGACGACGACUCGGACGCGGACGAUGAGGUUGAGCUUGUGAUGCAGAGGUUCUUGGGGCCAAGCGACACCAGCGGAACAAGCGGCAAGCGCAAGGGCUGUGGUAUCCGCCCUCCGCCCAGGGGUGGGGAGGGGAUGGUGGGCGAACUGUGGCUGGGGGGGAGACGUCGCUGGCUCGGACAUCACUCUCUCCAAGAGGUGCAGUAUCUGACCGUGAACGCGGUGAUGUGUUACGACAAGAAGAUAGACCCCGGGCUCAAGCUGACUGCGCAGCAGAAGAGUGAGUGGGCCGAGGACAUCUCCGCGGCCGGGACAUUGUGCACCGGGCUAUUCGCCACCAUGCACCUCCGCAACCUUUGCGGCAAUGUUGACAGGUACCACCACAUGUUCAAGGCCUACCGCGACCUCACCCGCCGCGGGUCCCCGAUCGGCAACGCGAUAGCUUGGGCAGCCGCGGUGGGGAAGGAGGCUGCAGAUGAGGAGCCCGAUGUCACCGGCGCCCAAGCGGGCCUGUUCGCUGGUGCGGUCGCAUGCGCCAUCGCGAUGGUGUGGGAGACCUGCAACGGUCUCGAACUCGAGGCUAUCGCUGAUGCUGGAUACUCGUUCUGGGCGGCGUUCUGGCCGCCUCCCUCCUUCCCAAUGAGCUCGGCCAUUCGCGUAACUGCACCACGGGGUUGGGACAGGAGCGACUCUGGACUCUCGCCGAUCAGCGGGUGCGUGGACUUGUACAGCUUCCAUCCGUCCGACGGCUUGGUCGCGUUGACCCAUGGUUUCAUGAUCGCGUCCCGAAUUGUCUCGUCCCAAGUCGGCUGUGCGGGUUUCUUACGCGUUCCCUGGUCGGUGGGGGUUGCGGCAUUGGUAGGCGCGGCCGCGGCUCCAGGAGUGUUUGCCGGACUCGGAUCCGCGGUCGGCCCUGAGGUGCUCACGGUGAGACGCGACAGCUGGGCCUCCAGAUCAUUCACGCGUUCGUCUUUCGCGGCCAGCUCCCGAUCGCGUUCCUCCAACAGACCCUCCAGCUCUUUCACCCGUUUAUGA